GACUGAGCGGACGGGCUGGGCUGGACUGGAGGGGUAUAUGAUCCUAACUGCAACCUUUAAAUGUCACCCUGUUUGGGCUGUGGGAGAUGCUUCCAGCAAGUUAUGAGUUGUUGACCUUUCCUUCAUUUUGUCAAAAUUUGCUCUGUCCAAGAGAGCAUCUAAAAUUUUAAAGUUGCUUAUGAUGGUAUGACAAAAGCAAGGGGAAUUUCUCUGAAGCUUGUAAAUGUAUAUUGUCAUGGCAUUCUCCUUGUUCUGCUAAUAUCCUUGCCUUAUAUAACAUAGCUUGCACAGACUGCUCUGUGGGUUGCUGCUGAGGUGAGGAUGAGUUGCAGGGGGGAGGGAAGUCUUGCUUGAGCAGUAGCCUGGAACAGGUGCGAUGCCCAGCCAGCCUGAGUCUGCCAGUUUACCUGGCUUACUGUCAGCUCCUUUAUCACUUCUAGAGUGCAAGAUUUCAUAGAGCUAUGCCUGUUUUACCAGGCAUUUUUUUUGAAGUUUCAAGAUUUUUGUGCUUUUUGAGUUUGUGAUUUUCAACGGUGUGUGAAUGCUACUGUAGAUUUGGAAGUAUUCACCAUGACAAAUACACAGUUGUGGUUCAGAGGGAUUCGGAGCUCCAAGUUCCGUCAUGUUUAUGGGGCUCCAGCCAAAAGAGAUCGUUGUUAUGAAAACAUGAAGAUUACAAAAAAUGCCCAUGACUCUCAGUUUUGUGCUGUGAACCCAAAGUUUGUUGCUGUUGUGACAGAAGUAGCAGGUGGAGGAGCAUUUCUGGUUUUACCCAUUGACCAUACGGGUCGCCUUGAUUUCAAUACAAGUAGAGUAACAGGUCACAGAGGACCCGUUCUUGACAUUAAAUGGAAUCCAUUUAAUGACAACAUUAUAGCUUCAUGCUCAGAUGAUUGUACUAUCAAGCUAUGGUACAUUCCUGACACAGGGUUGUCAAUGCACCUAACUGACUGGCUGAUUGAUCUCCAUGGCCAUAAACGACGGGUUGGCUAUAUUGAGUGGCACCCUACUGCAGAAAAUAUUCUUGUCAGCGCUGGCUUUGAUCAUCUAAUGAUUGUCUGGGAUAUUGGACGUGGUGAAGCAAUAACUGUGAUUGAUUGUCACCCAGAUGUUAUUUACUGUAUGUCUUUUAAUCGGGAUGGAAGUUACAUUGCAACAACAUGCAAAGACAAGAAAUUGCGGGUUAUUGAUCCACGCACAGGAAUUGUUAAAUCUGAAGGUAUGUGUCACGCUGGUAUGAAAGCAAGUAAGGUCACAUACCUGGGCAGCACUGGGCGCUUACUCACAACUGGAUUUUCUCGUCACUCUGACCGUCAGCUUGCAGUCUGGUCACAGGACAAUUUGUCACAACCUUUAACUGUUGAAAAUGUCGAUUCAUCAUCAGGUGUUCUAUUUCCUUAUUAUGAUCAUGACACAAGAAUAGUUUUUCUUGCAGGAAAGGGUGAUGGUAACAUUAGAUAUUAUGAAAUUGUUGAUGAGGCCCCAUGGUUACAUUACUUGAACCAGUUCUUAUCGGGGUCCCCUCAGCGUGGACUUGGAUUCAUGCCUAAGAGAGGGUGUGAAGUAUCACACUGUGAAAUAUUUCGGUUCUACAAGCUGCACACUACUAAAGGCAUGUGUGAACCUGUGUCAAUGAUAGUGCCCCGAAAGAGUGAUCAAUUCCAAGAUGAUCUAUUCCCAGACACAGCAGCGCCAGUGCCUGCAAUGACAGCUGCCGAAUGGAUCACUGGAAAAAAUUCUAUGCCUGUCCUUAUGUCUAUGAAAACUGGAGUAACUAUUCGAACACACAAGCCAAAAGUGUAUAAACCAGGUGAUAAUGUUCUUCCAAUCAUGGCAGAGAAUAAUAUUCGGAAGAAGUUUGCUUUCCUUUCCCAGGAAACAGUUCCUGAUUAUAGAACUGUGGAUCAGAAAGCUGGUAGUAUGGAUUGCUUGGAUUCCCCCUCCCCUCUACAUCAAGUCACCGUACCUCCAGUGCCUGACUUGUUGGACAAUGGUACAGGAACAAGUCGCAGCAUUCUUCAAAUGCUCUCACCAGUUGAUGAAAAGAGUCAAAAGACAUCCAACAAUCAAACUACCAAAUUUCAACAAAUCCAGCAAAUGUUUUCUGGACAGGUGAACAAUGUUAACCACACCAACGAAAAUACUCUUAAUUACAAGAAAACUUCCCCUUAUGGAGAAAAUAGGGAGAAAGAAAAGGAGAGGGAAAAGGAAGCCAAUGGAGAGAUAGAGCACAGUCCAAAGAAUUUGUAUCAGUUGCAACGUGCCUACAGCCAACAGUGUGAAGAGUUGAAACUUUUGCGCAAACAAGUUGUUGCUCGUGAUAGGAGGAUCCAAGAACUUGAGCAACAGAUUGCUCAACUCACUGGAGCCCAUACACCCUUAAAAGAACUGUCAUCAGCAAUUCAAACAGUUCAUAGAGUUGGCCGUUGAUUUUUAGAAAAUUGUGUAUCAAUUGUUCAAGAGACUUUCUUUUCUUCUUGAUAACAUAUAUCUAAGAUAUAUGUUGCCCUCAUUGUGUACAUCCAAACAACUCAAACAGUGUAUCAGUAUUUUAUGAUGCUCCUAUUGAAUGCAAUUGAAUAUUCACACUACGGUAUUUAUUAUGUUUUAGAGAGUGGAAAGAGUUGCAAUAGUUUUUCAACUAUGUAUGAAAUGUUACAAGAUUCUUGGAAUGUUUUAUCUAAAGUCUAGAUAGCUGCUCCUCCAGUAGCAGUAGUGAACAAAAAUGUUUCUGUAACAAUUUGUCUUACCACUGCUGUGGAAAAGGUGUCCUUCCAAUUUUGUUUGCAUAUCAUGGCACUUUCAAUCAACUGUUCAUGUUGUUUUGAUCACCUUAAGAAACUUUUAAUUUUUUGACCUUUAAAAGAUGUCAUGGUGUUUACUACAUUAUCAUGAUUGCUUUGCUGAUUCAUGGAUCAGUUCAAGAUUUUUCAUUGGUGCUGGCUCUUGCAAUGGUGACAGGUGCUGGGUUUUUGAUUGCUUUUGUAAACAUUGAAGGCAGAAUAUUACUCAUCACUGUUAGUGAAUUUUGGAAGUGCAGGUUGUUGUUGUUUUUUUUGUUGUUUUUUUGUUUCCCAACAAUUUUAAUGUAUUGGUUUUGGCAAUGCUUAAGUGUUGUCCUUUUUAAAAUCUUAGAUUCAAAUUUUGUUUUGCCUGGAGCUACAGUAUUUUCAGGGGUUCAACAAAUAUUUUGUAUGGAACAAAAAGUCAUGUGUCUUUUUCCUAUGUGUUUUUAUUUAUUCUUUAUUAACUCUUACUUUCCUGUUUUUGCAUUUGUUUAAGUGAGGUUACUAUGUUGUUAGAGAAGCCAUCUUUCUAUUCUGUAAGGCACUUCCCAAUAAUGAGGACUAUGAAAUUUGCUGUCUUAUUUGAACUGAUGAUUCUGUGAUUGCAUCUGCUCUUGUAACCCCAUUCAUAACAGUUGUAGGUAGUAAAAAAAUGGUGGAAUUACUGUGUUACCAAUGAUUAGUGCUGUGGGUGUAAGAGUAUUUACCCUUUUGUUAGUAAUUUUUGUUUUCCUUUUAUGUUGGAACAUAAUCGUUUUAAUUUAAUGUGACUAGUCUCAGCAUUUUAUGGACAUCUGUUUUCUUUUUCUCCUUGUUUGUUUUGUGUGUAUAUGUAUAGCUAUAGAUGGAAAUUUUGACUCAUUUUUAAGUGUACCAGCAUCAAUUUCUUAUCCUUAUUUUUUUUUUCACUUCUAUAAUUUUUUACAUUUUUUCUCGAGUAAAGCACUUUACUGUACAGUAUUGAUGACCUUAACUUUACAGCAAAAUUUUGCCAAAUAAGCAAAUCUAAAAUAAAUACUGUCUUCCUUCAUCCAAUUGACGAAUUUCUGCCAGUACUUAUGAAGGGUUAGAUAAGAAUCUGUUAUAUAUGUAUUAUGCUGUGUGAUGCCAAAUUUUGGAGAAAGUGUGUUAUAUCAUGUAAUUAUUGCUCUCCCAGAUCUCAAACAUUUCAUACCCAAACAAAUGUCUGUGAAUAAUGUCUUUGUUUUGUAUCUAGUUGAAAUAUGUGUCUAGAUUUUAAUCUUUUAAUGCUUGAAAUGUCUUGCCUUUGUAUUAUCUUGCCUGUUAACUACAUUUGUGCAAAAUGGUUAUGUGUGCCAUGCCUUUUGCAAAAAUCAUGCAAGAGUAUGUUUUACUUGCAAGUGAACCAUUUUUAUGUGCAUUGUGAGACCCUUGACUAGUGCUAUCUUUCAGUAUUUUCUAUGAACUAUACAGGAAUGAGGUAUAGUUUAUGCUAAAAACAGAGAGCAUUUUUCAAUCUUCUUCACGUCAUCUUCCUGUGACUUGUUUUUACUGAUUCUGUUUUAGACAUCCUUAUUAUGCCCAGCAUAUUUUGAAACUGUCCUGUGUCUGUCAUACAAAUUUUCAAAGUAUGUACUCACUGUUUGUUUCAUUAUUGUACAUAGCAGCAUUUAACUGUGUAUUUGGUUUCCUCAGUAGUAGAAAGCAACUUUCUGUGUGUGUUUGAGUAGUGUUUUGUGCGUGGACUCCCGAUUUGAGUGAUAAAUUUGCCUGUUCCGUUCAAACCAAAGUCAAAGUUGUCUUCAGUCUUUUUUUCCUUUUUCAGUUUUUCUAGUGAUGCCUAAAUUUUUAUUUAUAGUUGACUUUGUGACAUUUAGCAGAGUGAAUGAAGUGAAUACAGUAUCAAAAUGAAUCCAGGGUCCAAGAGGUUCAAAUUUCCCUGAAUUAUUAGGGGCCAUUCAGAUACCACGUACCCGGGAGACCAGGAGGGGAUGCUCGCAAACCACCAUUGAACCUCAUAGGGACUCCAUGAUAUUUGUACCCGGCACACAUAUCAUGGGGUCCCAUGAACUCCAGUGGCGAUAGUGAACCUAAUGGGAACCCACAAUAUUUGUGCCCCCACCGCCACAGCACGUGGUAUCUGAACGGUCCCUUAGGUCACUUGUAAUUUUUUGUAGGGACUAAGGGUAGUACAGUAACAUAAUUCUAUGCAAUAAUGGCAAGUUAGCAUAUGAUAGAUUGAGGAAUUGUGCUAUAUUUUUGUCACAAAUUGCACAACUUCACCAGUCAUAGUUAGUUGUGAAUUUUAAAACUUUUGUGUGAUUUCACCUUGUAAUCAUUAAAACAUGCAUAUGCUGUAUGCUUCCUGUAGUACAAUUAGUUUACAUGGCCUGAAGUGGACCGCACUCCUUUUUGAGCUGGUGACAACGUAAAGAACUGACUAGGCUAGCCAAGCCAGCUAAUCCAGGCGAAUCCAGGUCAGGGUUAUGGUCAAGGAUUGAUUUGUUAAAAAAAAUGAUCAUUAAUAAAGCAUUUUGUGAAUUAUCUAGGAGAGAAAUGAAAGAACAGUGUUAAAUGUAGCUUAAUUUAGCAGAUCUACCACUCAUUUGCUGUUGCCUGUCAAUGUUCUAAAAGUGUGUGAAAGAUUCAUUUAAGUAAAAAAUAUGUAUACUGUAGGCUUGUGAUAGUUGUGCUACAUUCGAGCUGAUUCUAUCAUUUACAAGUAAAUGUGAUAGUUAUGAUAAUUGGCUGGAAUUAGAAUUGUUCCUUAAAAAAAUAUUUUGUAUCCAAUUUCUUGUAACAGAUGUCAUUCCAAAUAUAGAUACAAAUUUGUUCA